AUGGAAACCCCCACAACCCUCCUCCUCCUCCUCCUCUCUCUCCUCCUCACACUCACCUUCCUCCUCAAGCGCAAGCACUCCACCACCUGCUACAUGCUCAACUACGAGUGCUACAAACCCUCCGACCACCUCAAACUCGACACCGAGGCCUCGUGCCGCGUCGUCCUCCGCAACACGAACCUCGGGUGGGAGCAAUACAAGUUCCUCCUCAAAACCAUCGUCAGCUCCGGCCUCGGCCACUUCCUUUUGCCUUGGGACUUAAAGCCAAGUCUGGUGAUUUAUGCUGCUCUAGAUGAUGAGAAUGUCUUCCCUCGUCCAUUUUCAUUUUGCUGUUAUGUGCAUUUGACCAAUGUUCAGAAAAUUAAGAGUCUUCGCUAUCAUCUUCUACAUCCAGAUUAUCUGUAUUUUCGGAUAAGGGAACUGCAAAAGAAUUUCAAGCUUCGCGUCGUAUUAUGCCAUGUUGAUGUGGAAGAUGUUGUUAAGCCUCUACUUGAAGUCACAAAAACGGCACUACUCCAUGACUGCACUCUUUUAUGUGCUUGGAGCUUGGAAGAGUGUGGUCGGUACCUGGAGACCAUUAAAGUUUAUGAAAACAAACCUGCCGAUCUCAUUCAGGGACAGAUGGAUAUGGACUACAUUUCACGGUUAAACCAUGCACUCACAUCAAUCCGGCAUGUUAACAAGACAGAUGUUGUUACUCUUGGAUCUACAUUCGGGUCUCUUUCCAGUAUCAUGGACGCAUCAAUGGAAGAUCUUGCCCGUUGCCCGGGCAUAGGAGAAAGAAAGGUCAGACGCUUGUACGAUACUUUCCAUGAGCCGUUCAAGCGCGCAGUUCCUAACCCUGCUGCGCCUGUUGCUGAAAAUCCUAUCGCGUCUGUAAGUGAAAGAAACGAGGAAGUUAAGGAGAAUCAAGAGACGAGCAGAGAGCAUAAGAAAGAAGAAGAGAUCAGCGUAAGAUCUGCCCUGAAGGCAGCGUUUGCCAAGUACUCCGGCACCAGGGGAAGCAAGAGGAAGGCCGUGGUGCAGGCGGAAACGGAGGAGGAUGCAGCCGACACCCGACGAGCCAACGACGGUGAAGAAGGUACGAGAUGAGUCUUUUCACUCAGUUAUGAGAUGGAGUUACUAUAGAAGCUUUUUUCGAGUUAUCAUAAAUCACACCUGAAAAGAGGCCGUUUAGGUGGUUUGUAAUCUUUGCAAGAAAGGCUAAUGUAUUCCAAAAAAAGGUAAAAAUAAUUAUUCCUUACAACAUUGAAAUGCAUUGCAGUUAGAGUUGUAAACGAGUCGAGCUCCUAGAUCUCGAGAUGUUGAUGAUACUCAGCUCAGUAGCUGGUGAGCUCAUUAAAUGAGUUAACUUGAAAAUACGUGAUUAUUAAUUUUGGGACAAUUUGAUCUUUUUAUAUUAUAAUUAGUAAUGAGAAUAUAUAAUAAUUCAUCA